UUAUUUUUAACUUUAUUUACUGGUUAUUUUUUGUUAUAUUGUGUUCGAAAAUCAUUCUCCUUUGCCAGUCCUUAUAUAAUGGAAGAAGAAAAACUUGAGAAAAAUCAGUUAGGUAUGGUGGUGAGUUCUCAAAUGCUAGGUUAUACUAUCAGUAAGUUUUUGAGUGGUGUAGUGGUGGAUUCUUCUAGUCCUUCCAAGAUGUUUUCUUUAAGUUUAUUUUUAACAGGUUUUACAGCUUUAUUAUUUACAUUGUUUAAUUCUGUGUCAUUGUUUUCUAUAUUAUGGUUUUUAAAUGGUUUGUCUCAAGGACCUAGUUGGCCUUCUUGUGCAAUAUUGCUGAAAAGGUGGUUUCCUGCUAGUCAGUUUGGAACAUGGUGGAGUGCCUUAUCAUCAGCAUCAAAUCUAGCUGGUAGUGUUGGACCAUUAUUGAUAACUACUUUAAUAUAUUAUUUUGGUUGGAGAACAGCGUUAUGUAUUGGAGGUGUUAUGUGUAUUGUCAUUUCUAUUUACAUCUUCAGUAGUAUAUCUGAUUCACCUUCCAAGACUUCCAAUGCCAAAAAAUCUGAUGACAGAACUCCACCAGCAAAGGCUUCAAAAAAGUUGUUAUUAAAUAUAUUAAAAGAACCAGUAUUUGUAGGAGUAUGUAUCAACUAUUUAUUAAUAUCUAUGAUACGAGGUGGUUGUAGUGAUUGGGGUCAACUAUACUUAAUACAAGAUAAAGGUCAUUCUCUAGUAACAGGUUUUUUAUUUACCAGUAGUCAAGAAAUGGGUGGAUUUAUAGGUUCAUUAUCAGCUGGUUAUUUCUCUGAUUUUCUUUUGAAAGUAAGAACAUGGUUCUUAUUUAGUAUUAUUUUUCCCGUGUUUGGUUGUUUGUUUAUGUUGUUAUAUUAUGUUACUGCAGCAUCUUAUCAAAUUAUGAUAAGUGUUAUUGGUUUUGGAUUAGGAUUUGGUCUUUAUGGUGUUAUAUCAUUAUAUGGUGUUACAGCAAUGGAAAGUGCUCCAGUAGGUUUAGAAGGUACUGCACAUAGUAUAGCUUCACUAUCUGCUAAUGUGGGUGUAGUAAUAUCUGGUUAUCCAUUAAGUUUGAUGGCUGAAUAUUAUAGUUGGUAUGCUGUAUUUCAACUUCUAGCUGUAGUA